AUGGACUAUAUUAAAUGUGUUGAUGGGCUUUUCACCUCUAUCCAUAAAAAUUCAAAAAAGAAGCAUGGAGCAAAAGAAACCCGUCAAAAUUUAGAACACGAGACUACUCAAUUUAAAGGACUUUUUCAGAUGGACUCAAGUUCAAAUCCUUUAACAAUCUCUGAAAAUUACAAAAAUCUUCUUCAUUCUUUAAUGCUUACCAAACCGCUGUAUUUGGCAGCUAAACUGAGAGAAGCUUUAAAGGAAAAGGAUGUGCAUAGUUUAUUAGAGAUUAUAUCCACACAAAAACUGGAGGAAUUGAUUUUGGCGUUGAAAAUAAUGAGUGUGCUUAAUCCGAAAUUUAAUCUAGUUAAAAUAGAUUUUAAAGGGGACAAAGUCAAUUUUGAUAAAUUUUCAAAGAAGCAAGAAAUUUUUGAUAAAAAGAAACUUGGACAGUUUUUGAAUUGGCGCUUUGACCAGAAUUGUAGUGAAAAACCUAGCUUUGAUCAGGUAAAGGAUGGAAAUUAUUGUACACAAUCGCGGAUACGCGAUUAA